AUGCUCUGGAGGACAGGGGCGUAUAUCUCGGGAUCAGCUGUAUUAACAGUGAUAUAUCCAGGGUUAUUCGAACCGGGAGAUCUCGAUUUCUACGUACCCAAGGAAAGAUCGUCAGAGUUGGCAGAGCAUCUUCGUCACUCGGGAGGUUGGAAGAGAUUGCGAAAAGGGGAAUAUAGUUUGGUCAACAAGCGGCCUUUUGCUGGUUAUCGAAAGCUGCCUCUUAUCGAGGAUGUGGGUUACUGGUACAACGAAAGCCAAGACAUGAUUAUAAACGUCAUCGUUACAUCGACACCAUCCGCUCUGCCGGCGAUACUGGCAUUCCAUUCUACAGUGGUCAUGAACGUCAUCGGUUAUUGCGGCGUGUUGUCAUUCUAUAGGGAUCUGACGGUUAGGAAGACAGGCUGGAUCAACAUAAAGGGUGGUGGAAUUUCGCAGCGAGACAGAAGAUGGUUGAAGAAGUACGAAGAUCGGGGCUUCUCGCUGCACAGGGACUCGAGGAUGAACAAGGGUCCGGGUGAGCACGUAUGUGGUGUGGCGUACACAUGCGGGCAGAGUAGGAGGUCGAUUUUAGACGGGGGGGUCGGAUACGUGCCAUUCAUGGGGUACAGGGACAAGGAGAAGGGAGAAGUGCUGAAAAGCAUUGAAGAAGUGUUGGAGUGGCGGCCCGGCGGGCGAUCAACAUGCGUUGUCACGGGGUUUGUGGGAAGAUGGGAGGGUGGGUAA